AUCCAGCUUCCUCCACUUGACUCUCCUCAUCAACCGGAAGUCUUUGCCUGUCUGAAGGAUGUCCUGCUCCAGCCUGUGUGUCCCGUCCUGCGGGGUGGCCACCCCGGCCCCUCUGGCUGACACCUGCAAUGAGCCCUGCGUGCGGCAGUGCCCCGACUCCGUGGUGGUGAUCCAGCCCCCGGCCUCAGUGGUCACCUUCCCCGGGCCCAUCCUCAGCUCCUUCCCGCAGCACAGCUCUGUGGGCUCGGCCGGAGCUCCCUUCGUUGGAGGUGGCUCCGGUGGCUCCGCUGGACGCCGUGGUGGCUACGGGGGCUCUGGGGGCUAUGGGGGCUAUGGAGGCUUUGGAGGCUAUGGGGGCUAUGGCAGCUGUGGGGGUGGUUGGGGUUCUGGCGGUUAUGGUGGCUGGGGCAGCUGUGGGGGCUCCAGAGGCUAUGGCGGCUGUGGGCCCUGCUAAGCCCCAGCCCAAGUGCGGCCUCAGACCCAGGAGAGCUCCAGGAACGCCCCCAGCACAUCCCGACACGCCAGCACCUGAAGGAAGGACAUCCCUUGGGCCCUGCCGGCCGCCAGAGCUGCGACGCCUCGUGCCCGCUCAGGGCCCCGCUCUGCCGCCUUCCUGCCGCGCUUGAAUCCCUGCAGCAAUCGCUGCCUGCUCCCAGCACGGCCCCAGCUGGGCUCCCGCGGCUCCGCCGAUGCUCCGCUGGGCUCUGCCCACGGCCAGGAGACACGGGGAGCCCUUGGGCAGGGCCCCGCUCUUCUGCCAACUCCCUCCUGCCCUCCCAGAGCAAUAAAAGCUGCCUUGCAUUGCAAUGUUCA